AUGAAGGGCCUCGGCGUCUUCUCACCGUUCGCCGCCACGUCGCGCUGCAUCCUCACUGCGCCUUGCUACGAUGAUGCGUGCGGCGGCGGGAGUCCACGACCUGACGCGAACCAGAGCUCCCUGUCUCUGAUAGGUUUCGAGAUCAAGGAGCGUGCAGAGCGACCCAGCAGCGCGUUCGACCUUUCUUUCGACGCCAACAACAACUUCAAUGGCUUCGCGAAUGAGAACCCUUUCGGUGGCUCAAUCAACGAAUUCGGAUCCUACGACAGCGGACGCUACGGCGCAGGCAUCGCCGACUUCACGACCUAUCACACUGCGGACAUUGAAGGCCUUGAUGGCAAAUUGACGUCUCUGACAUGGAUGGAAUGCUCGGGAGAGAACGGUAUUGUUGGUGUUGGUGCCACAUCUGGUGACCUCAUCCUCUUGGAUGGCACUACAAUCGUGGAGGGUGAUGCGCCCCGCGUCAUAUCCAAGACACGCGCUUGCAACACGCCACUUAGACGCCUCAGUUACAAUGCGAAGACCAACAUGUUGGGUAUCGCUGGAAUCGAUGGUCAAAUAUCUGUCUGCGACCUUGGUAAUUCUGUGGAACCAAAGGUGCUCGAUGUGAGCUAUGGAAAGUGGCACGUCGGACUCGUAACGGGGCUGAGCUGGAAUAAGCGACUCGGCCACAUCCUUGCCACAUCUGGGGCUGCUGUAGGACCCUCGGGUGCCAUGUCCCCUUCGGACUCAAGUGGUCUUGUGGUUUGGGAUCUGAAGGCACGCAAGCCGGCCUCUAGCUUCCGGGAUCCAUCUGGGCGCAUGCAGCCCAUUGCUGUCGAGUGGAUGUCCGAGCACAUGACCCAAUUGAUUGUUGGAUAUGGUGACGACAAAUCCCCGGCUUUGCAACUUUGGGACCUGCGUAACUGCACCGUUCCUUUGAAGGAGGUACGGGGUCACACCAUGGGUCUUACGAGUCUUUCCAUCUGCCCCCAUGACGCUAAUUUGCUGCUUACUAGCGGCAGGGAUGACCACACUUGCUGCUGGACUUUGGACUCUGUAAAUGGACCCUUCCAUCCGCUAGGCAACAUGCAGACCGGCGCCCUGAGCCACCACAGGCGCAUUCAGUGGCAUCCGACGGCACCAGGCUUCUUCCUUGCUCAGGACACUGACGACGAUCUUUCUGUGCACAGCGCCAUGUGCAUGUCGCAGACUGAGUCGUACAUGCCAGCCUGGACUCGGCGUACCUGCGGUGUAAUAUCAGGCUUCGCGUCUUCGGUUACGACUUGGACUUCUGCUGGUGUGGUGAACGAGUACAAGCUAGGUAGCGAAUUGGAUGAUGACACAGCGAAGGCCUUGGAGGACUCUCUCGAAUUGUUCUGCGAACUUGCUAACACGGAUAACUUCGGGGCUAUUUGCAAGGACCGUGCGGCCUCUGUCACCGACGAGUUUGACAAGCUCACUUGGGAGAUCAUGGGAGCCUUGCACAGCGGUGAGCCUGCUGCACUCGUUAACACCCUCGGUUACAAACUUCCUGAGCCAAAAGAUGAGGCGGUAACCCAGGACCAAUUCGCUGAGCAAAACGAUGCUCCGCAGCCCCAGCUGGAUGAAAAACUCGAUGGUUUCGGAGGUGAACCCUUGAAUGAGGAGGACGGUGAAGCAUUUUUCAGCUCGUUGGCGAACAAAGAGAGCUCACUAACAGAAGAGCCCCUAGCGCAAUCCCUUUCCAUUGAUGGGCAUGAAUCUGAACCUCCUAUGUCCGAUGAAGCUCCUUCGACACCAACUGGCAGUUACCUAUCGUGGGGUGAAGCCGAAUUGUGUUCACGUGUGAUUGUUGGUGACUACGAAGCUGCCGCGCAAUUGUGCCUGGACAAGGGCAAGCUAACGGAGGCUCUCUUCCUGGCUUAUGCCGGAGGACUGGAUUUGUGGCUCAAGGUAUCUGAUGCGAUAACUGAAAAGGCACAGGAUCCUCUUUUGCGUGCGUUGCACCUGGUGAUGAAAGGUGAUGUUCGAGCAAUGGUUAUGCAAUGCCCGCUUGACAAGUGGCGUGAGGUGUUGGUUUACGUCAUAACUAAUAUGAUGGGUGACCGUGACGCAUACAGAGACCUAUGUAACGUGCUUGGGCACAGGCUCUAUGAAUCAUUCAAGGAGGGCAACAAGAAAGACCUUCUACCCGCUUCCAUCAUGUUCAUGUGCAGCGGUGACGUUUCACGCGUUAUUGACUGCUGGAAGCACCUCGAGACAGGAAAGAACAACAUAGAGUUAGUUGCGAAGAGUGCAGUCAGGGCGGCCGCGCUAUGGAUUUCAGUGGCUGACGACAUCUCCAAAGAUCACCUGGGCCGUAGUGCAACCAUGCUUGCCGAGGCAUUUGUGGAGUGUGGUGAUGUAGACAAAGCCGUUAAGUGCCUCUCGUUGCCAUUCGUAGCCAGGAAUCCACAUGCAACGGAACUUCUAAGUCGCAUAAGGGGUACUGGACACCCUGGUGAGUUCAAAGAAGCGCCGGUUCAGCGUCGUGACCCUGCACCGGUGGCUCCUGCUCAGACUCAAGUUCCAGCGAAAAGUGCAGUGCGCGGCCCUACGGAAUUCGGAACCGCGCCAGCAGCUGUUGCAAACGCUGUCUAUCCGGGAAUGCCCGUGCCGUGGCCGCUGCCCACUGCAACUCAGCAAAUGGGCUCCAGCACACGCAGCACGGAAGAUGCAAACCGCCGCAUCAUCGCCACAUCGGCUGCCGUGCAACCUCAAGGUGAACGCAUGGUGUCCACUGAUCUCCAAUUUGUCACCACUGUGCUGAGCAAUUUAAUUGCCCAAGGCGAUACCUCCCGUGCUGCGCAGGAUAAUCGCCGUCGCAUUGCAGACCUCAUGACGUCACUCUCGAAUGGAGAGCACUCCGCCGAAGCGAACGGUCUUAUCUUAAAUAUGUGCCGUGCCAUCCACGCGGGUGAUCGCAUCAACGCGAACAUCAUACUUUCAACCAUCAGCACCAAGCUCUGGAGCACCGCCAACAAAAAUUGGAUCAUGUGUCUGAAGCGCAUUGUGCCGAAGUAA